AUGCUACCCACAAUUUUGUUGGGUUUAAGAGCUGCUAUCAGAGAUGGUACAAACUAUUCUGUUGCUCAAAUGGUAUAUGGUACCAAUAUCAGGCUUCCUGGUGAAUUUUUUGAAAAACCCAGUGUCCACGUUGAACCUGACACAUUUGUGUACAAUUUUCAGCAGCAGAUGGCCCUAGUAAAGCCAAUGAAGUCUGCAGAUACAUGUCAAUCUUAUCAAAAAGUUUUUGUGCAUAGAGAUUUAAGGACCUGUACUCAUGUGUUCGUAAGAGUUGAUCGGGUGAAAAAACCACUAGAGCCUGCAUAUGAUGGCCCAUUUCCUGUAGCAAAAAGACAUGAUAAGUAUUAUUCUGUGCAUAUUAAAGGAAAAGAUGUUAACAUCUCUAUUGAUAGGCUGAAACCUGCUUACCUUAUGAAUGCAGAUAGCAUGCCAGAGCUACCGAAUCAGCUUAUUGACGACGAUGUCAAUGGUGGAUCCUCAAAGGAAAUGCAUCAUAGUAAUUUCCCAACAAACACUCGUUGUGGUAGAGAAAUAAAACUCUCUGUUAGGUUUCGAACUUAA